UCAGCCACCCACAUGUACUAAAUUUCCAAGAUGGCGGCUCGAGCCUCGAAAGUCCUUAUUCACCCGGUGGUCUUAUUUAGCGUCGUAGACGCAUUCGAGAGACGAAAUGAAGACGCGAAAAGAGUUAUAGGCACCCUUCUCGGGACCGUAGACAAGGGAGUCGUCGAAAUCAGGAGUUGCUUCGGAGUGCCACACAACGAAUCCGCCGACGAAGUAGCAGUUGAGCUGGAGUAUGCUAAGAGCAUGUAUGAACUCAGUCAGAAAGCCAACCCAAAUGAGCAAAUUGUUGGAUGGUAUGCAACAGGAUCAGACGUUACCGAGCACUCCCUACUCAUUCACGAGUACUAUUCCAGAGAGACGAAUAACCCAGUUCACAUGACAGUUGACACAACUCUCAAGGGACUCAAGAUGGGCAUCAAGACUUAUCAAAGUGUAAAAAUGGGAGUACCCGGUAAAACAGAAGGCACUAUGUUCAGUCAGAUCCCAUGCGAAGUCAAACUCACAGGACCAGAAAAAGUUGGAGUGGAUGUGUUACAAAGAACAAAAAGCACUCCAAAAAAGGCUGUGUCUCUAAUAUCUGAUAUGCAGCAUGUCACAGGAGCAACAGAUCGUCUACUUGAAAUGCUUGAGACAGUAAUAACAUAUGUUGAAGAAGUUUUGGCUGGAAGUGUUCCUGCUGAUAAUGUAGUUGGGAGGGACUUGACAAGCUUCGUGAACUCUGUGCCCAAGAUGACUGCUGAGGAAUUUGAAGCCAUGCUCAAUAGCAACAUGCAGGAUUUACUGAUGAUCGUCUAUUUAUCAAGCUUGUGCAAAACACAACUCGCACUUGGAGAAAAGCUGAACGCUAUCCUAUAGAAUUUAACUAUGAAGAUCACUUCAAAUUAAAUAUCUCUUACUGUA